AUGCCUGCAGCCGAUGACUCUAAGCGCAAAGCCGCGCGAGAGACAAUCGACAUCUUGCACGAGAUUUCAACAUUGUUGAACACGCAGCUUGACCGCCAGUCACUAUCAUACUGUGUCUCGUUGAUCGAGAACGGUGUGAACCCGGAGGCGCUUGCCAGCGUUAUUAAGGAGCUCCGAACACACAACGAGCGAUAUGAGGCGGAACGAGGAGCUACAGUAAUGCAGUAA